AUGACUCGUCGUCCUGAGAACAUGGAAUUCCGCUACGGCGCCCCCCAACCUAAUAUGGCGCCGCAGCAACAACAGCAACCUCAACAGCAGCAGCAGCAGCAGCAACAUCACCCGGCGCCUGUUCAACCUCCUCCUAUGAACGUUCCUCAGCAGCCUCCAAACGGCGCUGCACCUCCUCAGCAAGUACCUACCCCCACUCCGGCGCCGGCUGGUCGGUCACGAAAGAGGCCGGCACCUGGUGCUGCUGGACCUCCGGCCACAGCUGCUCCUCCUGCCCCUGUCACCCCAUCUCAAGUUCAACCUCCUGUCGCAGCCCCUCCCCCACCCCAGGCGGUUCCUCAACAACCACAACAAGUUCAGACAGAUGAUGCGAACGCAGCACCAGUUGCACCUCCUCCAGCUAAAAAAAGCCGGACCAACACUCCCUGGACACCGCAAGAAGAGUUGCGACUGAAGCAAAUGCGAGAUGCUGGCAACAGCUGGGCAGAGAUUGCCAAGACUUUCCCUACCAGGACAGAAGGAUCUGUCAAGAAGCAUUGGUACAAGAGCCAAGCGUUAUUGAACGCCAUCAAGGAGUACGAGAACAACAAGUGGAAGUCAAUUGGGCAGAAGGUUAACAAACCUGCCAAGGCUUGCGAACAGUACGCCAAAGAACACUUUCCAGAUUUGUUCCCUAAUUCCAAGAGAUAG